ACAAGACGUUGACGCGACGCAUAGUUACCACCUAAUAGUGGCGAUGGCGAGCGGUAAAAAGAGUUCUCUUUUGUCCUCUUUAGCCGCUUAUGGCGAUGAUUCAGAAAUAGAAUCUGACUACGAACCAGAUGAAUCAGGGGGACGUGGAGGUGGUCUUGUGUCCGACAGCUACGGUGAGGAUGAUUUGAACCGCACUGAUGAUGUGGAUGAGAAGGGAUCUGCUGAUGAAGACAGUAGAGAGAGCAACUCGGAAAUGGACGAGUCUGACGAGGGGAGGGACGCAGAUGAUGUUGAGGUCACAGAAGCAGAAAGAAAAGACCCCAAUGAGCUCGUUGCGCUGUUCUCAGAGAAAGUCAGAAACAUGUCACCCGAUGAGAUCAGGAUUCCCCCUGAACCCCAGGGACGCUGCUCCAGCCUUCUACAGGAGAGGAUCCUAAAGCAGUAUGAAAGGAAGCUCCGAGGAGAUUGGGACACAAACAGCCACAUCCAGAACAAGAAGGAAUUCAGAAAUCCGAGUAUUUAUGAGAAGCUCAUUCAGUUUUGUGGUAUAGAUGAGUUGGGCACCAACUAUCCUAAGGACAUGUUCGACCCUCACGGCUGGUCAGAAGACUCUUACUAUGAAGCUCUUGCCAAAGCCCAAAAGGUGGAGAUGGACAAACUGGAGAAAGCCAAGAAAGAGCGGACGAAGAUUGAGUUUGUCACGGGGACAAAGAAAGGAACCAACCCGUCCACCACAGCAGCUCCCACCACCAGCAGCACCACCACCACCACGGCUGCAGCAGACGCCCAGAAGAGGAAAAGUAAGUGGGACUCUGCCAUCCCCGUGACGCUGGCCCAGCCCACCCUCAUCACCACGACUGCCACCCUGCCGGCCGUCGUCUCCGUGACGACCACUGUCAGCGGCACCAAGACCACGGUCAUCUCUGCGGUCGGUACCAUCCUGAAAAAAGCCAAACAGUGAGCACGUGAAGCCCGACUGACAAAACGACUCUGAAAGAUGGAGAGACUGUUUCCUCUGAGUGAAAACACUCGUGAACUUUGUUUAAAAAAACAAAAUAAUAACAUGGCGGGUGCAGCGCUCACAUCAGUGAAACAGCAGUUUGAACACGUUGAAUGGAUAAAGUCGCGUCUUGCACGUACUCGCUGCCUCCCGCCUGUUGUGCGUCCACAUCUGAUUCAGCGGCAGCAGUUGCUAAUUUAAAGCAGGUGAUUAGCAAGAUGGUGAUACUGCCUGGAAAAUAGGAAAUGUGGGAAUUUUGUGUUUUUCUUUCUAUAGUUUUGCUGCAGUAUUUUCAUGUUCAUACUACACACAUACCCCCCCCCCCCCCCCCCCCCACACACACACACACA